AAAGUACAAUAUGUGUCAGGAUUAGCAUCAUCCACCCUAAUCACACAUAGUAGCAGUGUGGGAGACUUAACUAUUUUCGAAGAAAAGCUCACACACAUCUCUUCAUUUCAUUUCAAAUAUGAAGAAUGCUUCUAAAGUUUCAUAUAAUAAAAUACUUAUUCAUGCACUCUAGGUGUCACUCCACCACUUGGAUAGUCUUCCUUUAUCACCUCACCUCAAGCUUUAUAUUAAGAACCCUGACCUGCUAAAAUCCAGGAAACCCUAGAUACUAAAUCUUUAGAAUAGAGCAAUGGAUUCUCUGAAGAAAAAGGGAAAGAUUACCCCCAACUUUAUCCCUGUUAACCCCACCAUCAAUACUGCUAACAUGGGUUUGGCACAGAACUGUGACAAUCCUGGCUGUUUCUUUUGUAUCAUGAAAGAGCCAGAUUCAUCUGUCAGAAGGGCAGGAAUGGCAAGUUGUUUCAAGGAAAUGCCUCUCAGAGACAACCAAGAACAUGUAUUGGUGCUGAGUGGUAUAUGGAAUAUUGCCAUGACACAGCCAGAUGAUCCUGAGUUACCAUCUCUUGGAAUCUUUGACUGCAUGGUGAGUUUGAUCUAUAAAGGUAUCAAUGACCAAGAAUGGCUUCUUAGAGACCAGAAUGUUUAUAUUCCCUAUUAUGCUGCUCAUGUUAUUGGCUCUUAUACUAUGAACAAGGUUGAGUUUGCAGAGAAAGCUGUAAAAUCUGGUGUGAUACCUCCACUGAUGGAACUCUUACGAGGAAAGAUCAGUUGGGUUGAGCAAAGAGUUGCAGUUCGAGCUCUUGGUCACCUUGCUAGCUAUGAGAGAACCUUUAAAGCGGUAGCAGCUUAUGAAGAUGAGGUGGUGAAACUAGCUAUGCUGUUAGCUUCUUCUUGCCUGGAUGUAGUGUAUGUCAACUUUGUAGGGAUCAAGGAUAUGCGUAAGAGAUUGAAAUAUCAUUCUGACUUGCUCACAAGGGGAGUUGGAGGAAUAGAAAUGGAGAACCAGAAGGCUGAAGAAUGGGCUAGCCAACUCCAGUGCUGGUCUAUUUAUCUUCUCAACUGCUUUGCUUGCAAAGAGAGAUCUCUGAAUCUUAUUUGUAAGCAAGAGUUUCUGAAAGAAUUGUGUAAAAUGUGGGGUGGAUUGGUAAAUCACACAUCACCAGCUGGAGUUGGACUGAUCAGAAUCUUGUGCCACAGUAAAAUUGGAAGAAAAAGCAUCUCAGGGUGUAAACAGAUUUUGGAGAAUCUCUGUCACCUAUCUAGAUCAUCUGAUGAUUGGCAGUAUGUGGGCGUUGAUUGUCUUAUCUUGCUUCUCAAAGACCCAGAUACAAGGUACAAAGUUCUUGAAGCUACCACCUUGUUUCUCAUUGAUCUGGUUGAACUCAAAAGCCUUGGAGAUAGGUCAAACUUGGGUGAAGCAAUCACAAAUGCCCUUCUUUUGGAUUAUAAACCAAGCAGCAAACUUAGAUUCAAGAACAGUAAGGUUCAGGGGGCACUGCAAGAAAUAUGGGAGUUGAAGGUGGAGAAGAGAGAGAGGGAGAAGAUGAUGUCCGAGGAAAAAGUUGAAGAGAGAAGGGUUUUGAUAGAAUUGAUUAGACAACAAGCAAACCGUUUAUUUAGGUUAGGAGGUAUAGAAGCUGCAGUUAGAAGCUAUACUGAAGCAUUAGAUGCCUGUCCACUAAAGCUUAGAAAAGAGAGAAUGGUUCUUUACAGCAACAGAGCUCAGUGUCAUCUGCUGCUUGGAGACCCUGAUGCCACCAUUAGAGACACAACACGGGCUCUUUGCCUCUGCAGUCCUGCAAAUUGUCAUGGUAAGAGCCUCUGGAGAAGAUCACAAGCUUACAACAUGAAAGGGUUGGCUAGAGAGAGCUUGAUGGACUGUAUAAUGUUUGUCAAUGGGUGCAUCAACUCAGAGAUGAUGAACAAGCAGGAGAAGAUCCCAUACCAUGCAGCACGCAUGAUCAGCAAACAGAUGGAGAAGACGUGGCUUUUUGCCGGUGCCCAUAAAAGGGCAACAGGCAGUGAUCAUGUCAAAGAAGUCCAAGAUUCAGAUGAAGAUGAUAAUGAGACUGAGAGAUGGAAUGAAGAACUAGAAUACAAGUUAAUCACGAAGAUGAUGACGGAGAAGAAAAGCACUGCCUGUUCAUUAUCUGGUCUGUCCACCACAAUUGAAGAACCUUUGAAAUUAAAGGAAGGCAACAGGAGACCAGGGCUGAAAAUGGGAAGAAGGAGAAACAGAGUUGUUGUGGCUCAAUCCAUGUAAACCUAAUUGGCUCCAUCGAUGCUGCAAUUGUUCAAGCACAUUAAUAUUAACAUGCAUACUCUGUGGUGUGAUAGCAUAAAGUCAUGAUCAUGGAGAAUUUUGGCAUUUUUCCGUAAUGUGCUUGUAGUACAAGUUGUCGUCUGGAAUGACAGUUGUUUUCCCAGUAGGGUUCUUUAUUUAUGCCUGCAAUGAGGGAUUUUGGUCGAGAGGACCACAUGACCACAUUGCAUAAAAUAAAUGGAACAAUAACAA